AUGUACAUGCUCAACCUCGCCCUCCUGGCCUCCACGGCCCUGGCCGCCAACUACCCGGCCCUCAUCGCCCGCCAGUCCACCGACUGCAGCGCCAUCGGCGGCGAAUACUGCCCCGGUGGUACGGGCUGCAUCCCCGCGGGGUACACCUGCUGCAUCGGCGGCGGUGGCUGCGAGCCCGGCACCUACUGCGAUGCCGCCGGCGGCUGCUGCCCCAACGGCGAGACCUGUAUCGGACCUGGUGGCACCAACACCGACACCGUCACCCUGACCGAUACCAUGACCAACACCCUCACCAACACCCUGACCAACACGCUGCCUCCGUCGACCACCACCACCACUACCACCUCUCGCCCGGUCAUUCCCACCACCACCGCCGUGCCGUCCCCGAGCGAGACUCCCUCCUCGUCGAGCAGCGCGGUUGUCCCUCCCAGCGAGUCCAGCGGAACUGAGACUGCCUCCGCCACCUCCCCGCCCAUCUUCACCGGUGCGGCCUCGAGCUUGAACGCUGGGUUCGGUGCUGUUGCGGGUCUGCUUGCUGGUGCUGCCCUUCUUUGA